AUGGUUCAUAGUUGUGGAUGGAAUUUUGAAUUUUCCGUGGGGUCACAAAUUUUGAGCACCUUAGGUGACCAUCUCAAUGGCCCUGCCUUUGGGCCAGCCCUAGAUAGUUGUGGUGGUGAACAUCGUAAUGGUGAUUGCAAUGGUGGUAUUGGUUGUGACAGGGACUACAGUGGUGAUGUUGAUGGUGAUGGUGAUGGUGAUGGCGAUCGCUUGUGGUGGUGGUUGCCAUGA